AUGACGAGUACGAAAUUUGAUAGGCACACGACGGGCACAGAGGUCGCGGAGACCUUCAAGGACCAAAUCCGGGGAAAGACUGUCCUCGUAACCGGUCCGUCACCUGGGUCCAUUGGAAAGGCCACCGCUCUCGCCAUCGCUGGCCAUCAGCCUGCGCUGCUGAUCUUGGCCGGGCGCACACCUGCGAAGCUCGAUGCCGUUGCUACUAGCUGCCGCGAGGUGGCGGCCAAUAAUGCUACCAAUGUAAGCAUGAAGACCGUCCAGGUCGAUUUCCUCUCACUCGCGUCCGUCCGGUCCGCAGCAAGCGAGAUUAGUGCUCUUACAGACCGUUUGGACGUUCUCAUCAACAACGCCGGGAUCAGCACCGCCGUCCUGCGUUAUUCGAGGGAGGGAUUCGAGUCUCAGUUCGCAACAAACCACCUGGGCCCAUUCCUGCUCACCAAGCUGCUCCUCCCUUUAUUACUGCGCGCCAGUCCUGGCGCCCGUGUGGUCAACGUGUCCAGUACCGCGCAGUGGAUCUCGCCGGUGCGCUUCAGUGACAUCAACUUCGAAAAUGAGGUGGACGGGCCAAAGAAGGGGAAGAUAGACCUUCCCAAGAAUGAAAGGCCGCACUCCAAGAGCCCUGCUUGGACAAUGGCUCGUUCAGCGGAUGGUUUCCCUGGAACUAUGGCAUACGGUCAAAGCAAGACAGCAAACGUUCUUUUCACCGUCGCGCUGAAACGGCGCUUGGCAGGCCAAGGGAUCGAUAUUCUGGCUUUGCAUCCUGGAGAAAUCCGUUCGAAUUUGGGCGGCGAACUCUCUCCAGAGUUCAAAAAAGAAAUAAAAACGUGGCCGGCUCGCCGAUUUAAGACUCUGGAUCAGGGAUGUGCGACAACUCUCGUUGCUGCGUUCGACCCUGAGCUCUCCGGCACCCAACAUGUCUACCUACAAGAUUGUCAGGUCGCCCGCCCUGCUCGUUGGGCUGACGAUCCAGACAUGGCAGAACGGCUCUGGCAGUUGAGCGAGCAGAUGGUGAACGAGUCAUCGACCCUGCCUGGAAGCAAACUGUAG